UUUUUUUUUUCAUUCUUCAUAGAAAACUUGUCGUGACACAAAUAUGGCCACCUCCAAAAAGAAGACUAGGAAGUUGAGAGGACACGUGAGCCACGGUCAUGGACGUAUCGGCAAGCACAGAAAGCACCCUGGAGGUCGCGGUAAUGCUGGAGGUGAACAUCACCACAGAAUCAAUAUGGAUAAGUACCACCCUGGAUACUUUGGAAAACUCGGGAUGAGAAAUUAUCAUGCCCGGAAGAACAAGGAUUUCUGCCCAGUUCUUAAUUUGGACAAACUGUGGACGUUAGUAUCAGAGCAAACUCGUUUGAAAUAUGCCAAUUCCACAGACAACAAAGUACCAGUCAUCAACAUUGUCAAAGCUGGUUACUACAAAUUACUAGGCAAAGGUAAACUCCCGAAACAGCCUGUUAUUGUCAAAGCAAAAUUCUUCUCAAAAUCUGCCGAGAAGAAAAUCAAGGAUGUGGGUGGAGUGUGUGUACUGUCUGCUUAAUUUAAGUGUAACAAUAAAGGUAUAAAAACA